UACUACAGGGUUGAUGGUUGAUUUGAUAGCAAAGCAUACUCGCCCCUGUUCUCCAUCGCAGAGGAACAAAGCCGCACUCCAACUUUCCACUUCGACGUUUCACCUUCUUCCUCAAACGUCGUUGCAGAUCUCUCUCUCUCUCCUCUACGAUUUCCUUCCGCUAUGCACAUCGAUGGAUCGGGUGCUGAAAGCUGCAAGAACAUCCGGUUCUCUCAACCUAUCAAACCGUUCUCUCAAGGAAGUACCCAAUGAGGUAUACAAAAGCUUGGAUGCAGUUGGGGAGGGGGAAAACUGGUGGGAGGCUGUGGAGCUGCAGAAGCUGAUUUUGGCCCAUAAUAACAUUGAAUCACUAAAGGAGGACAUUAGAAAUUUGCCUCUACUGACUGUGCUGAAUGUUAGCCACAACAAGCUUUCCCACCUUCCAGCUGCUAUAGGAGAGCUUCACAUGCUAAAGUCACUAGAUGUGUCCUUUAACAUGAUAGCCAGUAUACCUGAAGAAGUUGGAUCAGCAACUUCUCUGGUCAAGUUUGAUUGUUCAAACAACCAAUUAAAGGAUCUCCCUGGCUCGCUUGGAAGAUGUUUAGAGUUGUCAGACCUCAAGACAUCAAAUAAUUGCAUUACCAGCUUGCCAGAAGAUUUAGUGAACUGUUCGAAAUUGACAAAAUUGGAUGUUGAGGGCAACAAGCUAACGUCGCUCUCUGAAAAUGUGAUUGCAUCAUGUAUCAUGCUCACAGAACUCAAUGCCUCCAAAAACGUGCUAAGUGGUAUACCGCAGAGUAUUGGAAGCCUAUCGCGUCUCAUUCGUCUUGACCUUCAUCAGAACAGAAUUUCUUCAAUCCCAUCAUCAAUAAUGGGUUGCUCUUCCCUAGUGGAGUUUUAUAUGGGGAACAAUAUGUUGUCUUCAUUACCAGCAGAGAUAGGAGCACUUCCACACUUGGGGACAUUUGAUCUUCACUCAAACAAGUUGAAGGAGUACCCCGCCGAGGCAUGCAAAUUGCGUCUCUCUGUUCUGGAUUUGUCCAAUAAUUCAUUGUCUGGCUUGCCUCCUGAGAUCGGCAUGAUGACAACGUUGCGGAAGAUUCUACUUGUUGGCAAUCCUUUGCGAAGUCUUCGAAGCUCAUUGGUAAAUGGACCUACACCUGCUUUAUUGCAAUAUCUACGUAGUAGACUACCGGUCAAUGAAGAGUCUGCAGCUGGUACUCCAAGUAAAGAGGAUGUAAUCGCCAGGGCCGCUAGAAUGUCCCUUACCUCAAAGGAACUCUCGUUAGUCGGGCUUGGUUUCAGUGCUGUCCCAUCGGAAGUGUGGGAGUCAAGUGAAGUCACAAAACUUGACCUUUCUAAAAACUCAAUUGAAGAAUUACCUGUUGAACUUUCUUCAUGUGUUUCCCUUGAGACUUUGAUUCUAUCAAGGAACAAGAUGAAAGAAUGGCCAGGUGCUAUUUUGAAGUCACUUUCUAACCUUUCAUGCUUGAAGCUGGACAAUAAUCCACUCCGACAGAUCCCAUCAGAUGGCUUCCAAGCUGCCCCCAAGCUCCAGAUUUUGGAUCUAAGUGGUAACGCAAGUUGUUUGCCAGAACAUCCAGCAUUUUCUAGCUUGCCGCAAUUGCAGGAACUCUAUCUGAGAAGGAUUCAUAUAUCUGAAUUUCCAUCAGACCUAGUACAAUUACAGCAAUUACGGCUUCUUGAUUUGAGCCAAAAUUCUCUUCAAUUAAUUCCGAAGGGUAUAAAGAAUAUGACUUCUCUAACUGAGCUUGACCUUUCGGACAACAACAUUACUACACUUCCCGCAGAAUUGGGAUUGCUUGAACCCGGCCUACAGGUGUUGAAGCUUGACGGAAACCCAUUGAGAAGCAUCAGGAGGGCUAUUUUGGAUCGCGGAACUAAAGCUGUUUUGAACUACUUGAAGGAUAAAAUUGUGGACAACUAGUUGUGCCCGAUCUUUGCUCGUACGUGUACACGUUUUGCAUGUUUGUGAGAUUGCUACUGCAUGGAUUUGUAAGGUUGAUACGAUCGACUCUUUUAUGAUGGGUUAUAUCCCCAUGAUCGUGUUUUUGGAACGUAAUAUGACAUUCUUCGUUCUUUCUUGUAUCAUACGGAGGGGUGUACAUGUUUGUUUUUUCAUACUUUCUCGAGUCUCUGUUAUGAAACUACUACUACUAUUUUUCCAAGUUCUGUUAUCGAACUUGUAGGUUAUGUCCACUUUAGUAGUAGUUUGUUUUCAGCA